UGAUGGGAGCCAGUUGGAAAGACCCAUGGACAUCCCCAAAGAGCUCUGGAUGAUGGUUGAUUACCUGUACCGAAAUGCCAUCCAGCAGACAGGUCACUACCUUUCCAUUUCUCACAAUUGGGCUGAGCACGACUGAACCAUGGGGGAACACAGUCCAGACGACAGCAUCAGCUACUUUGAGGUAGAGGAAGAUGAGCUGACCCCCGAUGACAAGAUGCUCAGGUUUGUGGAUAAGAACGGACUGGUGCCUUCCUCAUCUGGAACUGUUUAUGAUAGGACAACUGUUCUUAUCGAGCAGGAUCCUGGCACUUUGGAAGACGACGAUGACGACGGACAGUGCGGAGAACACUUGCCUUUUCUAGUAGGGGGUGAAGAGGGCUUUCAUCUAAUAGAUCAUGAAGCAAUGUCCCAGGGUUAUGUGCAACACAUUAUCUCACCAGAUCAGAUUCAUUUAACAAUAAACCCUGGUUCCACGCCCAUGCCAAGAAAUAUCGAAGGUGCAACCCUCACACUGCAGUCGGAAUGUCCAGAAACGAAACGUAAAGAAGUAAAGCGGUACCAGUGCACCUUUGAGGGCUGUCCCCGCACCUACAGCACAGCAGGCAACCUGCGCACCCACCAGAAGACCCACCGGGGAGAGUACACCUUUGUCUGUAAUCAGGAGGGCUGCGGCAAGGCCUUCCUCACCUCCUACAGCCUCAGGAUCCACGUGCGGGUGCACACGAAGGAGAAGCCCUUUGAGUGCGACGUGCAGGGCUGUGAGAAGGCGUUCAACACGCUGUACAGGCUGAAAGCACAUCAGCGGCUUCACACAGGGAAGACGUUUAACUGUGAAUCUGAAGGCUGCAGCAAGUACUUCACCACGCUCAGUGAUCUGAGGAAGCACAUUCGAACCCAUACAGGAGAAAAGCCAUUUCGGUGUGAUCAUGAUGGCUGUGGAAAAGCAUUUGCAGCAAGCCACCACCUUAAAACUCACGUCCGUACACAUACUGGUGAAAGACCCUUUUUCUGCCCCAGUAAUGGCUGUGAGAAAACAUUCAGCACUCAGUACAGUCUCAAAAGUCACAUGAAAGGUCACGAUAACAAAGGAAAUUCAUACAGUGCACUUCUAAAUCACAAUGGAUCAGAGGAUACAAAUCACUCACUUUGUCUGAGGAAUUUAAGCCUUCUGUCCACAGAUUCCGAAUUUCAAGAAAAUUCCAAUACAGGCCAGAACACUUUCAGCACACUUUCACCAGCAAUCAUUUUUGAACCAAUGUUCCAGAAGUCAGAUGAUCCAGCAAUUCAGGAAGAUCCUCAACAGACAGCUGCCUUGAUUGAAAAUUUUAAUGGUGAUGCAGAGUCAGUCAGUGAUGUUCUGCCAUCCACAAGACAUUCAGCAUCUUUAUCUAUUCCACUUGUACUGCAUCCUGGCAUCUCCGAGCCACCCCAGCCUCUACUACCAGCCUCAGCACCGUCUGCUCCUCUGCCUGCUCCCUCCCUAGGAACUGGUUCCCAGCAAGCUGCAUUUGGCAACCCCCCUGCUCUCUUACAACCUCCAGAAGUGCCUGUUCCCCACAGCACACAGUUUGCUGCUAAUCAUCAAGAGUUUCUUCCGCACCCCCAGGCACCGCAGCCCAUCGUGCCGGGACUUUCUGUUGUCGCUGGGGCUUUGGCGUCAGCAGCGGCAGUGGCGUCAGCCAUGGCAGCACCGCCGCAACCACAGAGUACUACUGAGCCCCUGCCGGCCAUGGUCCAGACUCUGCCCCUGGAUGCCAACUCCGUCCUAACUAGUAAUCCCACUAUAACCAUCACCCCGACUCCCAGCACGGCUCUCCUGCAGCCCAGCCUCGUCAUGGGAGAACAGAACUUACAGUGGAUACUGAAUGGUGCCACCAGCUCACCACACACCCAAGAACAAAUUCAGCAAGCAUCUAAAGUUGAGAAGGUGUUUUUUACCACUGCCGUACCAGUAGCCAGUAGCACAGGGAGCGCUGUACAGCAGAUCGGCCUCAGCGUCCCUGUGAUCAUCAUCAAACAAGAGGAGGCCUGUCAGUGUCAGUGUGCGUGCCGGGACUCCGCCAAGGAGCGGGCGGCCAGCAGGAGGAAGGGCUGUCCUUCCCCUCCCGCUCCGAGCGCCCAGCCUCCGGAUGAGCCCAGCCUGAAGCUACCACCGCAGACUUUUUCCCCGCCCCCGAUCCCCCUGUCGUCCUCCUCCGCCGCAUCCUCUUCCUGUGAGCAAAGCAGACAAGCAGUGUCUCCUUCAGACCCUCAGACAGAAACGUUACGUGCCAUGGAUAUGUCAGAGUUUCUGUCCCUCCAGAACCUGGACACGCCGUCCAAUCUGAUUCCCAUUGAAGCACUACUGCAGGAGGAGGAGGAGAUGGGCCUGACCAGCAGCUUCUCCAAGUGAAAGGCCCAGAUGUGCUCACCUCCAGGAACAGAGGCCGAGCAGGAGGCAGAAGGUGCGAUGCCUACCGUCAUGGGGUCAGCAGUUUGAAGGAGGAAGAAAUCUACUGUUUGAAAUCCUCACCUUUCAGACAUAUUUUCUUUAUUCAUAUCCCAGGAGCAUCCAUUUUUAAGGAACUGAUCUUUGGAGAAAAAAAAAAAAACAAACAAAAAUGGAACAAAACAAAAAAAAAAGCUAAGUUAUAAAUGAACUGUUUGGCUGCACUGUAUGUCACUUUUGCUUAUUGUCAUGUGAACGUGGAAAUUAAGGUUACUCGUAUGCAUAAAAAUUCUAAAUGAAAGGGUGUGGUUUCCAUCAAUCUGAUGCUGCCCAUCACUUGCACUGGGGUCUUUGUAGUCUGGGCAGUAGAGUUCAGCGUGUCGGGUGUUGCUGCUCCUUCUCUGUCUUUUGAGUCUGAGGCUGAAGCUUGCUUGGAAGGCCAGACCCUCACUCCAUCAGAGAGGGAAGUGGCAAAGGCGGGUCAGACAGCCGUGAGCUGGACAGGGAUCAAGUGAGAUGGUUUCGUUGUCUGCGCUUGGUGUUGGUGGAGCUCAGGGUGACCAUGGCAGGCGUCAUCCUGCAGCCCAAGUGGGCAGCUAAAAGCCUGGCCCGAGGCCGCGGGGACGGUCCGCUUCCGCAGGGACCCCAGGCAAGUUGUUGACUGCUCUCUGUCCAUGACGCAUGUGCAGAACAGGCUCUAGUGAUGUGAUCACAGUCUUUGCCUUCGGGUUCUCUCUUUCUCCGUUGGUUGCCAGGGCUUGCAGAUCACAGUGAAUUUUUCUCGGGGAACAUCCCUGCUUUGUCCUAGAGUGGACAUGUGGUUUAUGGCCAGUCGCUGGCUGGUGGUCUGCCUUCCUUGAAGGGUAUCUUCUUCCUCAGAGCAGAAGAGCUGCAUUUUGCUGAUCGGGAGAAGGUGCAGCUUCACAGGAGUUCUGUUCAGGCGGCGUGUCAUCGGCAGGCCGGGUGUCCUGGUUCCGGGUUCCAGCCAGGCUUUUGGUUGCCCCCUCCCAUCUCCGCCCCUCAGCCCUCUGGGUUUUGCAUACAGCCUAGUACAGUGCAAAGAAGGAUGUGACUUGCUCAGCUUAGUCAUAUGAUUUCUAAACAAAAAACAAAAAAAGAAAAAAAAAAACCCACAAAGCGAUGAUCUUCUACUCAGGGUAAAACAAAAAAAUUCCCCUUCCACCAAAAAGCCUGAAAUGUUGCAAUAAG